AUGUACGGUGGUGAUAAUCAACAACACCAACACCACCAACAACACCAGCAACACCAGCAGCACCAGCAGCACCAACACCAUCAGCAACCCCAUCAACAGCAGCAGCAGCAGCAACAACACCACCAACAACAACACAUGCAACAGCAACCGCCUCCUGUUAGUGACUUCCACCGAGGUCCGCCACCGCUGAUGAUGCGGCAGCCCUCCGCUUCAUCAACCACUCUUAGUCAUGGUGAUGGUUAUGGUGGAAAAAGAAUGAGGAAGCUUACGCAAAGGAGAGCAGUUGAUUAUACAAGUACUGUUGUUAGGUACAUUCAGACUCGUAUGUGGCAGCGGGACUCAAGGGACAGGACGGUGUUGCAACAUACCCCAGCAGCUGCAAUUGAUGUGUUGCCUACAGUUGCCUAUUCUGAUAAUCCAUCAACAAGCUUUACUGCAAAAUUUGUUCAUACAUCUCUAAACAAAAACCGCUGUUCGAUUAAUCGGGUUUUGUGGACUCCAAAUGGCAGACGUCUAAUCACAGGUUCUCAAAGUGGGGAAUUCACUCUUUGGAAUGGACAGUCAUUUAAUUUUGAAAUGAUUCUUCAGGCUCAUGAUCAAGCAAUCAGGUCUAUGGUAUGGAGCCACAAUGACAAUUGGAUGGUCUCUGGUGACGAUGGUGGUGCAAUUAAGUAUUGGCAGAGCAACAUGAAUAAUGUUAAGGCCAAUAAAUCUGCUCAUAAAGAAUCAGUGCGCGACUUAAGUGAAGUUCUUAUUGUAAACCUCUCAAACAGUUUCUGUAGAACAGACUUGAAGUUCUGUUCCUGCUCUGAUGAUACUACUGUUAAAGUUUGGGACUUUGCUCGGUGCCAUGAAGAGCGUUCAUUAACGGGUAAUGUGUUUUUGGCAGGUCAUGGUUGGGAUGUGAAGAGUGUUGAUUGGCACCCUACAAAAUCUCUACUAGUCUCAGGUGGGAAAGACAACCUAGUAAAACUCUGGGAUGCUAAAUCUGGAAGAGAGCUUUGCUCAUUGUGA